CUUGUGCCAGAAGAAAUGAGCCGUAAGAGAGUAAGCACAACUUUGAUCUCGUUUACCAGAGAGCCAAGACAUCGGAACUAAAUGAUGAAUGAUACCUGGCCGUUCAGUGGAACAUAUAGAUCGUGAAGUAAUUUUAUUCAAGUGCUAGUCGCAGCUAACUGUCUGCUGUCUUGGGGACAUGUGCAACGUAUCACAUCUUGUGAACUUACCGAAUUAUGUCGAUUAUAAUUUGUUUCCACAGAGUUACAUUCCUGAUAGUGUCUGAACAGGACACUCUGUGGAAAGCGUCUACCAUCGUCCGAUAAUCCGUGACCAGAAGGAUGUAACAUAGAUGAUAAAAAUAUACUUUAGCAAAGGCAAUAAAAGUCUAUCGUACAGCUGUUAGGUGGUUAUUGGUUAGAAACCCCAAUGCUGUUUUGCGGAGUAUGGUUGUUGGUGUAUGCCUGUGCUAAUGUAUGCUGCGAUAUUUAGGAAUUUCUUGGAUAGAAUAUGAUGUUCCCAUACUUAAUAGAGAAGAAAAUGUUGACAUGUACUUGACUGAAAUAUUGUUCAAAGUACUGAUGGACGAAGUGUCUGUGUAAACAGGCCUAAUUACUGGAAGUGUUAUUUCCAUUGUAGACAGGAAGCUUUCACAAUGGGCGAGAAAACUGUUCGUAAAAUGAUAACGCGAUUCCAUCCUUAUCAUGGUGGGAACAUAAUUUUGUACGACGAUAAUACAGUAGCGUAUCGGAAAGCAAGUUUUGCUAAUGCUCUUACUUUUAGUGAGAAGCCUUUGCUUCCAGGAGAGAUUUUUCUGUUGGAAAUUGAAAAGAAUGAAAGGGGUUGGAGUGGACAUAUGCGUUUGGGUUUGACUCAGAUAGAUCCUCAGGCAGCUGCUGCUGGUAUGCGUGGUUUACCUCAGUAUGCAUUACCAGACCUUGCUAACAUGGGUACAUCAUGGAUCUUUGCUAUCACAAAGUCUCAUAAUAAUGUCUGUGAAUGCAGAGCUAUAACAGAAAGCUCAAGGAAUGAAGAGGCAUAUCGGAGGGUCCUGGGUGAUGGUCAUAAUGUGCGUACUUCACGGGGCUCCAUACCCCGCAGUCUUCUACGUCCUUCACCAUCUAGCCCUGCUGAAGACAUUCUUCCAACAGAUGUUGGUAGUCGAAUAGGUGUUGUUUAUGUUCCAAGCUCUAAUCAUGGUGAAGGAGACUAUGCUGAAAUGCACUUUAUCAUUAAUGGUGAGGAUCAGGGGCCUUGCACCAAGGAUAUACCUUAUAAGGAAGGUCCUUUACAUGCAGUAAUUGAUGUGUAUGGCACAACAAAGCAAGUGAGAAUAGUGCAGCUUUAUGGAGUGGCAACAUUACAGAGUGCUUGUCGUGAUGCUAUCCUGCAACAUAUCACCAAGACAGCUGUUUCAUCUCUGCCCCUACCCAAGAUGCUCAAGGAAUAUCUUUUGUACCAGUCUUGAAUUGUAGAAUUUCACCUUGCUUUGUGUGAAUCAAGUUAAUUUGUGUACAAAGUGAAUUCUGUUCUUUGCAUUUCAUUUUUCACCUUGCAAAAAGACAUGUAAAAGGAAGUGAAACUAGUCAUUGGACAGUUAGAUUGGCAGUGAUAAGGCCUAAAUGGAAGAUAGUAGACUGGCUGAAAGCUAGUGUUAUUGCUUGUUUUGAAGUCAUGAAAUAAUACUCAUCUUGUGACAUGCAUUAUCUCAAAAUGUUGAGCAUGGCAGAAUUCAGAAUUACAAAAUGUGAAUUUAUAUGAGUCUCUACAUUUCUGUUGGGAGUUCCAUCACAUGAUUCCAUAAUUAUUUAAAUACAAGUAUUGCCCAAUACAACAUUUUUGGUGAUAAAAUAGCAAAAUCAUGAACUUUGUUAUACUAAGAACUGAUGUGAAUGGAAGUGUGUAUUGCCCGCAGUAAGAAUUUCUGCAGGAUUUUCAAUUUAAACCCUAAUCCAAUUUUUUUUCAUUACAGUGUGUGUAUGUUACCUACACACAUUCUCCUUCAGUCUUGUUACCAUACAAAAUUGUUUCCUUUUUUCAGUGUUUAGAGUUGGGUGACUUUCCUGAUUGUGAUCAGUGAUUUGUAUCACCAAUUUUCACUAGUAAACUUUGUGUUGAAAAUAUAA